GAAAGGUGACAACUCUGAGUGGACUACGUGAGAACAAUUUGUCAUCAACAAAAAGUUUUAUUGGAUAAACACUAUUUAAAAUUCAGAAAUCACAAUGAAAGUAUCUGUAUUCGGUGAACUAAACACAUUUGAGCUUUUUAUCCUCUCUACUGUGAUACCGGCGGUCUUCGUGUUCCUGUGGGCAUUGAUAUCUGGAGAUAUGAGGAACUUCAAGGGCAGCAAAUUGGCCUACUCUGUUUUCACUGCAAAGGAUCCUAUUAAUUGUUAUCAGGACUAUGUGCCGGAAAAACAAAAGGAUACUUAGAAUAGAAGAUCUUUUGGAUCAGAAAACCAUAACAUGUAUUCAACCUGUACAUAUAAGCUAUGUAGGUGGAAAAUCCGCAGAUCUUUAGUUAGAACAAUAAAUACUUGUUGAGUUAACAUUAAUUGCGAUUAGACUAUGUCCCCGAAAAGUUUAAUGGAUUAUCUAAACUAAAAAAUGUAUUAAAUGCAUGCAUUAUUAGAACAA